GUGCACGACCUUGUAUUGGUUGUUCUGGCGCCCUCUGCUGGCCUGCGGGUGCACGAGCAGGGAGGAUCCUAUAAAUAAUUUUUAGGGGGCUGGGGGUUGAGUAGGUAAGGUGCACUGGGCUUAGUUGUUAGGGUGCUGGGGACUCAGUACAAAAGGAUCUGUCCACCUCUGCUGGGCUGAGGGCAUAUACUUAUGGGCAAAGAGAAAAAAGAGGUGGAGGAGGAAGAAGAGGGAAGGAAGGAGAGAGAGAAGAAAGAAAAGGAAGGAAAGAACGAAAGAAAUCUGUGUGGCUUUGCAGAAAAACAACAGCUAAUUAAAACUUGGGUACUAUUUGGUGUUGAUUUCCUGAAUUUGAACCAACAUACACAGAGAUUAAACCAGAAGAAAAUGAUGUGGUGACCGUUUCUGAGCCCAGCUAUUCGAUACGGAAUGCAGUGUAUGCAGUGUCCCAUGCCCUCCAUAAAAUGCUGCUGAGCAAAAUUGAAAUGGGACCUAAAGAAGACAGAAACAUGGACUGGCUUCUUCCAUGCCAGGUAAGCCUCACUCAUAAGCAAGGGAAGCAUCAGGAUUUUAUAUUAUUGACUGCAUUGACCUACAAUGAUGUCCAUGUGAACUUCACUCGAGAAGAGUGGGCUUUGCUGGAUCCUUCCCAGAGGAAUCUCUACAAAGAUGUAAUGCUAGAGAUCUACAGGAACCUCACUGCUAUAGGCUACAAUUGGGAAGGUCAUAAUAUGGAAGAUCAUUGUCAAAGUUCUAGAAGACAUGCAAGGUAUGAAAACAGUGAUAGCAGAGACAAACCCUCUGAAGAUACUCAAUAUAAUGAAAUAUUUGCACCUCACAGUGGUUCCCACACAUAUGAAAGUAUCCAUACUGUUGAGGAUUGCUAUGAAUGUAACCAAUAUGGGAACGCCUUUGCACAUAACAGUCAUCUCCUAAAACAUAAAAGGACACAUAUAGGAGAGAAACCUAAUGAAUGUACACAAUAUGGUAAAGCCUUUGCAUGUAACAGUGAUCUCCUAAGACACGAAAGAACUCACACUGGAGAGAAACCUUAUGAAUGUAACCAGUGUGGUAAAGCCUUUCCAUGUAAUAUUGAACUCCUAAGACAUGAAAGAACUCACACUGGAGAGAAACCUUAUGGAUGUAACCAAUGUGGUAAAGCCUUUGCACAUAACAGUAGUGUCCUGAGACAUCAAAGAACUCACACUGGAGAGAAACCUUAUGAAUGUAAGCAGUGUGGUAAAUCCUUUGCACAGAACUUUAAUCUCCUAAUGCAUGGAAGAUCUCACACUGGAGAGAAACCUUAUGAAUGUAACCAAUGUGGUAAAGCCUUUGGUCGUAAAAGUCAUCUCUUAACACAUGAAAGAACUCACACUGCCGAGAAACCUUAUGAAUGUAACCAAUGUGCUGAAACCUUUGCACGUAACAAUAGUCUCCUGGUACACUAUAGAACUCACACUGGAGAGAAACCUUACCAAUGUAACCAAUGUGGUAAAGCCUUUACAUGUAACAGUAGUCUCAUGCUACAUAAAAGAGCUCACACUGGUGAGAAACCUUAUGGAUGUAACAAAUGUGGCAAAGCCUUUGCACAUAACAGUAGUGUCCUGAGACAUCAAAGAACUCACACUGGAGAGAAACCUUAUGAAUGUAAGCAGUGUGGUAAAUCCUUUGCACAGAGCUGUCUUCUCCUAAUACAUGGGAGAACCCACACUGGAGAGAAACCUUAUGAAUGUAACCAAUGUGGUAAAGCCUUUGUUCGUAAAAGUCAUCUCUUAACACAUGAAAGAACUCACACUGGAGAGAAACAUUAUGAAUGUAACCAAUGUGCUAGAACUUUUGCAUGUAACAGUAGUCUCAUGCUACAUAAAAGAACUCACACUGGAGAGAAACCUUACCAAUGUAACCAAUGUGGUAAAGCCUUUACAUGUAACAGUAGUCUCAUUCUACAUAAAAGAGCUCACACUGGUGAGAAACCUUAUGAAUGUAACCAAUGUGGUAAAGCCUUUCUACGUAAAAGUAAUCUCUUAACACAUGAAAGAACUCACACUGGAGAGAAACCUUAUGAAUGUAACCAAUGUGCUAAAACCUUUGCACGUAACAAUAGUCUCCUGGUACAUUACAGAACUCACACUGGAGAGAAACCUUACCAAUGUAACCAAUGUGGUAAAGCCUUUACAUGUAACAGUAGUCUCAUGCUACAUAAAAGAGCUCACAAUGGAGAGAAACCUUAUGAAUGUAACCAAUGUGGUAAAGCCUUUCUACGUAAAAGUAAUCUCUUAACACAUGAAAGAACUCACACUGGAGAGAAACCUUAUGAAUGUAACCAAUGUGCUAAAACCUUUGCAUAUAACAGUAGUCUCCUGGUACAUAAAAGAACUCACACUGGAGAGCAAUUUCAUGCAUGUAACUAGUGUGUUAAAGUCUUUGCAUGUAACUGUGUCCUCCUAAGACAUAAAAAAAACUCAUACUGGAGAGAAACCUUAUGAAUGUGAUGAAUGUCACAAAGCCUUUACACAGACCAGUAUUCUAAAAGAUAAGAGAACUCUCACUGGAGAUUAACCUUAUGAAUGUAACCAAUGUGGUAAAUAAAGCCUUUGCAUGUAACAGUAAACUCUGAAAAGAUAAGAGAACUCAUACUGGAGAGACACCUUAUGAAUGCAACCAAGGUGGUAAACCCUUUGCAUGGAACAGUCAUCUGCUAGUACAUAAAAGAACUCACACUGAAGAGAAACCUUAUGACUGCAACCACUGUGCUAAAACCUUUGCAUGUAACAGUAGUCCCCUGGUGCAUAAAAAACUCACACUCCAGAGAAACCUUACAAAUAUAACCAAUGUGAUAAAGCCUUUACAUGUAGCAGUAGUCUUAUGCUACAUAAAAGAGCUCACACUGGAGAGAAAUCUUAUGAAUGUAACCAAUGUGGUAAAACCUUUUGCAUGUAACAGUGUUCUCCUAAGACAUAAAAGAACUCACACUGGAGAGAAACUUUAUGAACGUAACCAAUGUGGUAAAUAAAGCCUUUGCAUGUAACAGUAAUCUCUGAAAACGUAAGAGAACUCAUACUGGAGAGACACCUUAUGAAUGCAACCAAGGUGGUAAAGUCAUUACAUAUAACAGUGUCUCCUAAUACAUAAACUCACACUGGAGAGAAACAUUAUGGGAUGUGUCCUAUGUGUAAAGCCUUUGCACAAAACAGUCAUUUCCUAAUAUAAACUUGCUCUUCUUCCUGAAGAUACCUGAUAAAAGGAUCAGAUGAAUGAGGAGGAGGUCCCCCCAUCAGUGGACUUGGAAAGGGGCAUGGUGUAGA